GAAUCCGCAACGACCUCGACGGCGACACAUUCACUCACUCAUUUCACGUCUCUUUGUCUGUUUCCUUUGCUUUUGGCCCUAGACUUGUUCUCUUUCUUCCCUCUGUACAACAACCACCCUCACACACUAUGCUACAAUGAUUCUUCCAUUACAACGACUCGGCCUGCUCGCUGCCCUCCUCGGGCUGUACCUCACAUCCCUCGGUGCGGUCGAUGCCGUCGACAUACCGUCGGACGCUUCCCUCUCUUCGUUGAUCGCAUCAGGUAAGGCUGCACGGGCUCGUGGAGCCAACAGUGAGGCCCUCGCAUAUUUCGAUGCAGCAGUCUCCAAGGACUCCUCCGAUUACCUUACGCUCUUCCAACGGGGAAUCACCUAUUUAUCUCUCGGAAGGAAUGCGCAGGCAAGCGCAGACUUCGAUAAUGUGUUAAAAAUAAAACCUGGGUUCGAAGGGGCGUUAUUGCAGAGGGCCAAGAUCAAGGCGAAGAAUGCAGAUUGGGCUGCGGCGCGGCAGGAUUAUGUUGCGUUAGGCAAUCGAGCAGCGGCAGACUUGGCCCAACUCGAAGAGGCAGAGGGCGCAGCCUAUCUUGCAGUCGAAGCGGAAAAGAAGCAAGAUUGGGAGGCAUGUAUCAACCAAGCAGGCAUUGCCAUCAUGACCGCAGGAACGGCCUUGUCACUGCGACAGCUACGCGCUCGAUGUCGAUUUGAGCGUGGCGAGGUGCAAGAGGGUAUCAGUGACCUCCAGCACGUCCUCCAAAUCCAUCCGGGCCUAGUGGAGCCACACUUACAAAUUUCGGCCAUGUUGUUCUACAGUCUGGGAGAUACGAAACUGGGCAUGGACCAAGUCAAGAAAUGCUUGCACUCAGAUCCGGACUCGAAACCCUGCAAAUCUCUCUUCAGGGAAGAGAAGAGCAUUUUGAAGCAAGUCGACCAGGUUCAGGCGCUUUUCGACAAACGGCAAUUCAACUCCGGGAGCAAGGUGCUGGUGGGCAAGGGUACCGAUGAUGAGCCUGGGCUUCUCUCGGAACUCAAGUCCUAUGUCGAGGCUCACCGUGCAAAGGGCGUUAUACAUGCAAAAGCGCCCUCGGAUCUCUACGCGAACAUGUUGGAGAAGACCUGUGAAGCGUUUAUGUCGAUGAACAACAUGAACAAGGCCGGCAAGUUUUGUUCCGAAGUGCUCACCAUGAGACCCAGCUCUCUUCAUGGACUGUUGUACCAAGCGCAGAAACACAUGGAGGCCGAAAACUUCGACGCUGCAAUUUCGACGCUCAACACGGCUCGGGACAAUCACCCUGACGCUCAGGGGACGAUCAAUUCCAAAUUGCACGAAGCGCAAGUCGCCCUGAAGCGUAGUAAAACCAAGGACUAUUACAAGGUCCUGGGCGUCUCUCGUGAUGCUGACGAAGCCACCAUCAAGAAGGCCUACCGCACUGCGACCAAGAUGUUCCAUCCGGACAAGGCCGCUGCGAGAGGGAUAUCCAAAGAGGAAGCGGAGACGAAGAUGACAUCGAUCAAUGAGGCGUAUGAAGUCCUCAGCGACCCUGAAUUGAAGGCCAAAUUCGACAAUGGCGAGGACCCCAACGAUCCCAUGGCCAACCAGGGUGGCAACCCCUUCCAAGGUAGCCCCUUUGGCGCAGGAGGCCAGCAGUUUUUCUUCCAACAGGGAUUCCCUGGCGGUGGCGGCGGCGGCGGACAGAGGCAGUUCAAGUUCUCAACUGGUGGCGGAGGCUUCCCUGGGGGAAAUCCCUUUGCAGGCUUUCCAGGUUUCGGAUAGAGCGGGAGCUAUCUGGUCCGGUUUCCUGGCCUUGCAUAUCUUGUUCCUUGUCACUUCACGAAUUGAUACCCCAUGUUCUUCCACAUGAACUGGUCCCCCUGUCUGCUCUUUCAGCUUUGACUUUACGCCAGAACUAGUGUGGCAGGAUUUGCAAAAAGACAAAAGUCCAGGUCACUUUUCCUUCUCGGAACAAGCGAGGCUCGUCUAGACCUUUAUCGAAUGUGCUACGUUGCCGUUCACACCAUCCGCACCUCUUUCGGAUCGACCAUUGAUGUUCGAAACGCAACGGUCUCUCGCCCCCAUGUCAUUGACUAUCUGAUCCCGUCCACGUUGGCGAACUCUGAACAGGGAAGUCGAACGACGGCUUGUGCUAUCCCUGGAGAACCCCCGGUUGUACAUUUUACUGGGGGGGAUUACAUGGUCUGGUAUUUUUGCAUUGGCCAUGGUUGCCCGAGCUCGACACCAUCCUUGAAACAGCAGUGGGAGACACUCUGCCAGGCCAAGCGAUCAAGCUAACCCAACGCCUUAGGCAUGCAUUGUCUAUCACCCGAGGAUGGAUUUGCGCCUAGGUACUGCUCGAGGCCAAUGCCGUUGUACUCCGCAUUUGACUACAGCCGACUAGUGGUUUGUAUACCCUUGUCGCGCCCAAACCCGUUGGCUCCCCGACCCGCCUCGCCUCGCCCACCAAUGACUCCGCGGCGCAUAUGGUCUGAGACCACGGAGGGUGGUGAAACAGUUAAGGCAGUGUGUACAGGCAGCUAUCCGCAAGCGAACAUACCUUUGAUGGCUGGCUCAUAGCAACGCCCAGGACGCCCCUCGGUGCCGCAGACUCCCGCAACCACUUUCACAUGCGACGCACAACAGCCGUUUCAAUCUGGCCGGACGUCCGGUGGAGCAAGGCCCCCCAAACCCAUCACAUCGUUAAAGACUUAGUGCAGAUACCUUGUGAGGGGAAAGAGCUUGGGGUUCGUUAUCACAUCAGUCGCGCCUGGAAUACCUUUCGCACAAGCUCUGAACGUCCGGGGCUCGACGAAGUGGACAUUUUGGGAAGCGGCCUGCUGGAUGCCAGGGAGUUGGUGGCUUCUAGGCAGGAAACCAAGACUCUCUCCGGAAAUGCGCCGUACAGUCCAGGCCAGUCUGGACGACAACGAAACCUGCGAGUCCAAUGCCCGCACAAUAACCAUGUCUGUCCCGCAGCCUAACCGGAUCAUGGGACUUUGGUGCCCAAUAUGGACUCUCGACCGAUACAGCUGCUGCUCCUCCUUCACAGGAAUUCACCAGGUAGACGGGAUGGGGUCGUUCCUUGCCGUUUCUUGCCGUUUCGACUGUGACGGGUUUCGCUCUGCACCGAUAACAGAAGUCGAGAGUCCUUGCCGCCAGUCCCUGAUUUGCCAUUCCCUCCACUGCACGUGGCGGCACAACUGGAUGAACGAGAAUGUGCCGUGUGUCUGUAAGAGAAAUUGCGUACAUGGGGGUGACGAGACCGGCCCAGUACGAGGUACUCGAGGACAGAGACGUGUUCAUCAAUCAGAACAGGAGCUUGUGGCUGCCGUUGUGCUCCGUAGGGCACGUGAGCAGAUUCUCACAGCUACGAUAUGUCCAUGCGCCAAUGAGUUGCAGCAGCAUUCAUCAGACAGACCUCCAUAGUGCUAUGCAUUGUCUGCUUUGAUCCUACUGGAGAUACAUCCCAGGAAUCUAUGGGUGAUGGAAAACAGAAGAGCAAAAACUCAACCACGAAGCAGAGUUGAGACUCUGCUUCGCGUUAAGCGAAACUCGCCCUUUCGGGUUGGUUUUUCUGGAGCAGGUGACGGGGGAGAAGGGGGAGAAUGGGCAGAAGGGGCAGAAAUGGGCAGAGGGGAGGUCCUGCGCCUGCUAACCCGGUGUUAGUUCGACCUGACAGACCCUAUUUAUCCGUUCGGCGUGUUCGAAGUGUGGUUCAAAUCCGAGGUCCUGCUGUCUCUCCUGGUUCGGGUGCCAGUUCGACCGGCACAGGACCUGGAUAGGGUUCGCUCGAAUUUCGAAUUUUUCGCCCUCGUCGAGGUAAGGGGGUCUUUGUGUGGCAGAUUUUGGAGAGAGAAACAUGAUAAAGGUGAUUUUAUUUGGGUGGGUACGUUUGGACCGCACCUUUGGUGGUGGGCGGACGCAAUGCUGAGAAUGUAUAUACAGUUACAUACGUAGGUAAGAGCACGCCUUUCUCUAUAUUCGCUACAGCAAGAAUCAUUGUUCGCUGUACCUAGGUCCAAUGCUUGCCAUGUAUGAAGACCCAUGAAUUGAUU